AUGCUGACGCUGAAGAAUGAUCCGCCGGACAUAGAUGUCGUGGCAACGGUCAGCAAUCAGUACGUAAACUAUGGUCACAAAUUCCGAAAGUUCACAAGGGCCUGUUUGAUCAAGGAUCCCGCCCAACGACCCGUCGCCAGGGAUCUCCUAAACCACACAUUCGUCAAAGCGAAGGCAAAGGUAUGUCUUUUUACCCCUUAA